CCCUCUGAUUUGGAUUUUUUAUACAGUUGCUGCUGCUGCUGGCUGCCAUGGCUACAAUAAUGUCGACGGACGUAACAAAGACCUUCAUUGGACUGGCCAAGAUUCAGAGGACCGCCGCCUUCCGUCUUUUCUGGGGAAACCCACUUUCUCCUCAAUCUCGGAAUCUCCGAACUUUAGCCGUCCAACCAACUAUUCCUAGAACUCUCAAUUGGUCCAUCCGGAAACGCUUUAAUCGUCGCUUUACGGCUGCUGCUUCUGCGACGGAAACUCCCCAGAGUGAUAAUGGUUCCGACGUCUUAUCCAAGAUUCCUCCGGAUGACAGAAUCCCCGCCACCAUUAUUACCGGUUUCUUAGGCUCUGGAAAGACUACUUUAUUAAAUCAUAUAUUGACUGCGGAUCAUGGGAAGCGAAUUGCAGUCAUCGAAAAUGAGUUUGGUGAAGUAGAUAUAGAUGGUUCAUUGGUAGCUGCCAAGGCUGCUGGGGUUGAGGACAUAAUAAUGCUCAAUAAUGGUUGUCUCUGCUGUACAGUAAGGGGUGAUCUUGUUAGAAUGAUUGCCGAAUUGGUUAGUAAGAAGAAAGGUCGCUUCGAUCAUAUUGUUAUAGAAACUACAGGACUGGCAAAUCCAGCUCCAAUUAUUCAAACAUUUUAUGCAGAGGAUCAAGUUUUUAAUGAAGUUAAGCUUGAUGGUGUUGUAACUCUAGUUGAUGCUAAACAUGCUGCCUUUCAUUUGGACGAAGUUAAGCCAAAGGGAGUAGUAAAUGAAGCAGUUGAACAGAUUGCAUACGCUGACCGCAUUAUAGUAAACAAGAUUGAUCUUGUUGGAGAACAGCAAAUUGCUUCAUUGACUCAGCGGAUAAAGAACAUAAAUGGGAUGGCUCAUUUAAAACGGACAGAAUUUGGAAAAGUGGAUUUGGAUUAUGUCCUUGGAAUUGGAGGUUUUGACUUAGAGAGAAUUGAAAGUGUUGUCAAUGCUGAAGGUAAAGAGGAAGAUCAUGUUGAUGACCAUCAUCAUGAACAUGAUCACCAUCAUGAACAUGAUCAUGACCACAAACAUCAUCACCAUGAACAUGAUCAUGGUCAUCAUGCCCAUGGCCAUGACCACACUCAUGAUCCUGGUGUGUCUUCAGUUAGCAUAGUAUGCGAGGGAAGCUUAGACCUUGAAAAGGCUAACAUGUGGCUAGGUACAUUGCUGAUGGAUAGGAGUGAGGAUAUAUAUAGGAUGAAGGGUCUCUUGUCUGUGGAUGGCAUGAAUGAACGAUUUGUUUUCCAGGGAGUUCAUGAUGUAUUUCAAGGUUCCCCGGACAGGCUGUGGCAGUCUGAUGAAGCAAGAGUAAACAAGAUUGUGUUCAUUGGCAAAAACUUGGACAGGAAAGAAUUGGAGACGGGAUUUAAGGCGUGUUUGAUCUGAUGAUAAGCUUGAGUGCUGUUGAUGUUUGGUUGGUUAUACCAGGUUAUGUUUAUGUACUAGUUACUUACUAAUUGAGAAGUUACCAUACCAUCCAUUUUCCUUUCCAAAGACAGCGAAUUUUUUCCAUCAGAGAUGAUAAUUCCUUUAAGUUAAGAGGCCUAUUUUGCAUGUAGAAUCUAUUGUGUUUACAUGAAAAGGGUCCUUCAAUCUUACGGCAUGCCA